AUGGUCUGGGGUUGCAUGUCUGGUAGAGGUGUUGGUAAACUGCAUUUUGUUGAUGGAAUUGUUAACGCGCAGAAGUACAGAGAUAUUCUGGAAGAGAGUCUGUUACCAUCUGUUGAGAUGUGUCAAACGGCGGAAGGGCAUUUCAUAUUCCAACAUGGCGGUGCACCGUGUCAUACGGCAAAAACUAUUAAAACGUGGUUGCAGAAUCAUCAAAUACCAGUAUUAAAAUGGACAUCUUCCAGCCCAGAUUUAUCUCCUAUUGAGACCUUAUGGCACAAUAUGAAAAAACAGCUUCGGAAACAUCCAGCACGUUCAGUGCCUGAAUUAAAAGUCACAGUACUGAAUAUUUGGGAUAAUAUUCUACCAGAAGAAUGUGCUUUGUUAGUAAAUACAAUGUCUAGCAGAAUUAAAGCAGUUAUUAAGAACAAAGGCGAUAAACAAGCAAUGUUAGUGCGGCAAUUGGAAGAAGAAUUGCGAAUGAGAAUGCGAGGUCCCAGUAUCGAAAUGCAACAGCAAAUGGAAGCUUUAUAUCAAGAAAAUGAACAUCUGACAAGGGAAAUUGCUAUUUUGAGAGAUACCAUAAAGGAAUUGGAGCUUCGCAUAGAAACACAAAAGCAAACACUGCAGGCGCGGGACGAGAGCAUCAAGAAACUGUUGGAGAUGUUGCAAAAUAAAGGCAUGGAGGUGUUAGAUGUCUGCCUUUGUAGUGGUGAUGGUGCUAGUAGGACUAAUGCCGCGGGUGUUGGAUCUGUUCCAGGUAAAGAGGAGGAGCGACAGAUGUUCCAACAAAUGCAGGCUAUGGCGCAAAAGCAGGAAUUGCAAGCGGCAAAUGAGACAUUGCGCACCCUACAAAACCAACUGGAGCUGGUGCCCUCGCCCUCCAGCAGCACAGUCCGUGUGCUCCUGGAUACGAAAGACGCUAGAAUAGCGACUCUAGAACGCGAGGUUAGACUGCUGGAGAGCGAGGUGGAACGGCUGGGCGGGGGCACCCAUCCUCCCCCGCCUGCUCCCGCGGACUCGCCGAUGGUGCUGCCGUUUAAACGACAACUGGACGAGUUCCGUGUGGAGAUCCAACGGCGAGACCAGGAGAUCCUAGCCAUGGGGGCCAAGAUGAAGACCUUAGAGGAGCAGCACCAGGACUACCAGAGGCACAUCGCCGUACUCAAAGAAUCUCUCUGUGCGAAGGAGGAACACUACAACAUGCUUCAGACCGACGUGGAGGAGCUACGGCAACGCCUGGAGGAAAAGAAUCGCCAGAUAGAAAAGAAGACUCAACAGCACCAGCAGGAAAGGGCGAGAGCAGCUGCUGAAAUUGCAGAACUAAGAGAGCAUAUGGAUAUUAAGGACAGAAAGAUCAACGUGCUUCAAAGAAAGGUCGAAAAUUUGGAGGAUCUUCUGAAAGAGAAAGAUAAUCAAGUGGACAUGGCACGGGCGAGACUUUCAGCUAUGCAAGCACACCACUGCUCUUCCGAAGGUGCCCUGUCGUCUCUAGAGGAGGCUAUUGGAGAUAAAGAAAAACAAAUGAAUCAGUUACGUGAGCAGAGAGAUCGGGCCGAACAGGAAAAGCAGGAAGAAAGAGAACUGCACGAAAGAGAAAUAGCUGAGUACAAAAUGAAGAUCCAUGCACUGAACAGCGAAGUAGAAAAACUGACGGCUAGAUUAGAAAGAGCACAAAAUGACAGAGAUCGUUUAGAAACAAAAUUAGAAAGCUCCCAGUCAGAAUUAGGAAAAUCCAAGGCGGAACUGGAUAAGGCUGCCGUCGAAGUUGGUCGCAGCGGUGCUGACUGGGAAGCUGCACGACAGCGGUUAGCGCGAUUAGAAUUAGAAAACGAACGCUUACGAGGAGAACUCGAGCGUACUCAAACCAGUACCUUCGGCAGAACGUCCUACAGCAGUUCUCACGAACUUGACAGAGCUCAAGAGCGUGUGGACAAAACUUCGUCAGAUUUGAGGAGGUGCCAAGCUGAGUUAAGAGUUACUCAAGCUGAUAGCGAAAGAGCUCGCGCAGAAGCUACAGCUUUACAAGAAAAACUUGAAAAAUCGCAGGGGGAAGUAUAUCGCCUCAAGGCCCGAUUAGAAAAUUCUCAUCAAGAACAAGACAGCCUUCGGGAAGAACUAGAGAGAGCCCAGUCCACUACAGCGAAGUUACACGCAGACAAGGAUCGAGCAUAUGCAGAAUUGGAGAAGGCGAGAGAAGAGCUGGAGCGUACUUCGGCGACCUUGGGAAAGGCUCAACUGCAACAAGACAAACUUCAGAACGCUCUAGACAAAGCACAGACGGAGGUCGACAAGCUACAAGAAAAACUAGACAAGUCACUUGGAGAGACCAGACGGAUACAACUGGAGAAAGAAAAAGUAGGAUACGAUUUAGAGAAUAUCCAGUCGCAAUUGGACAAGGUUCUAGGCCAAUCUGCUCGUCUACAGAAAGAAAAGGAAUCUGCUCAAGUAGAAGCAGAUCGACUUAGAGAUAAAUUAGAAAAAACUCAAAAUACGAUGUCCAGACUACAAAAAGAAAGAGAUAGUUUCCAAGAUGAAUGUGAAAAGUUGAAAGAAAGAGUAGAAAUGCAAUUAAGUCAAAUUGCUAAAGUUCAAAGAGAACGCGCUGACAUAGAAACAGAGAUAGAUGUGCUUAAAGACAGAUGGGAGAAGGCACAUUCUCUGCAACAAAAAUUACAAAUAGAAAGAGACGAUGCUCUUACAGAGGUUGACAUUCUAAAGGAUAAAUUAGAAAAGGCUAUUUAUUCAUCACAAAAAGCUAUAGAAGACAGAGAAAGUAUGCACAAAGAGUUUGAGAAAAUAUUAGAAAAAUACGACAGGUCACAGAGCGACGUAUACAGAUUACAAAACAAAUUGGACACACUCCAAGCUGAUAAGGAACGGCUUGAAUUAGAAGUGGAAAAGCAACAGCUCCUUUCUACAAAAACACGCGAGGAUCAACGAAAACUGCAAGACGAGCUUCAACGAAUUCAAGAAAUGUAUGACAGGACAUCUAUGCAACUAGCUAGAUCUAAAGAAAUUGAAGAAAAGUCUAAAGAAGAAUUAGAACGCAUGGCCAUUGACACAGAAAUGAUUAGAGAACGAUAUGAGAAAGCACAAAUAGAAAUAAGAAGAUUACAAAGCGAAAAAGAAAAACAUCAUUCUGACAACGAAAGAUUGCAGUACGAAGUGGAGAGAACACACGGACAACUUGCAAAAGUGCAAGCUAGUUACGAAAAAAGUCAAGAAGAAGCAGCUAGACUUCAAGUUGAAUUCGAAAAGGCUCGUGAUAAGCAUGAUAAGCUUCAGAAUGAAUUCCGUAAAAUUGUCGCUGAAUACGACGCAUUACGUGAAGCUACUGGCCCUUCGCGUGAUAGAUAUUCGAAAUAUGAUCGAGAAGAAAGAACAAAAGAGGAUAAUGAUAGAUUGCGGGCAGAAAUAGAUAGGCUGAGAGAAAGAUUAGACAAAACUCUAGGAGAUUUGGAUCGAUCUAGAAAAGAUCUUGCCCUUGUAGAAAAUACCAGAGGUAAAUUUACCUACGAGCAAGAAAUGGAAAAGAAUACAGAAAUCGAGAGAUUAAAGGAUGAACUACAGAAAUCACAUAAUACUAACCAACAACUUGAAACUAAACUUCACGAAGUUUCAAUGCAGUUAGAACUGGCUCGUGGAGAAGUAGUUAAACUAUCAAGUGCACAGGAUAAACAACGACAUGAGAUGGAGCGUGCUGUUAUAGAUUGCGAAAAAUUAAGAGACCGUUAUGAGAAACUCAAAUUGCAAACGGAGAAAUUAGAAAAGGAUAAUGAGAAACUAAGAAUGGAAGUUGCACAAGCUGAAAGAAGGCAAACUCUAGCAGCAGAUAAGGUUAGAAAUGACGAACGUUUGGAGAUUGAAAGAUUAAAAGAAAAAUUAGAAAAAGCCAUACAGGCUAGAGAUGCCACUGAACUGGAAGCUGGAAGAUUGGCCCAGGAGUUGGAAAAAUCUCAGCAACAUUUAGCAAAUGCACUUCAAACGAACGAGGCAACAAAAAUAGAAUUCGAACGAAUGGCUAAUGAAUUAGCCCGGAUGCAUGAAAGAAUAGAAAGAGAUAAAUUGGACUGGAAAACUAUGGAACAAGAAAGAGACGUUCUACGUGCUGAACUUCAACAGAUUAGAACUGGACUUGAUUCUCAAAGACGAACGCUUGAUCACAGAACUCAAGAAACAAUUGUCAAACUUCAACAAGAACUAGCGCAAGUUUCAAGGGAAAGGGAAAAAAUGGCUGCAAUGUUAGAUAAGCAAGGAAGGCAAGGUGAAUCAAUAGAAAAACAAAUUAUUAAAUACGAAGCUGAUAUAAAACAACUAACCAUGGAAAGGGAUCAACUUGUUAAUCAGUUAGAAAAAUCACAGGAUAUGCUAAUGAACUUCCAACAAGAAUUGAAUCAAAGCGAGGCUGAAUUGGAAAAACAAAAGGCAGAAGUGGCCAGAUUAAAGGCGGAACAAAAGAAAAUGUCUCAAGAUAUGGAAAGAGGCACCAAAGAAGUUCUUGAGAACCGAGACAGGGAGAUAGCACAACUUAAACAACAGUUACAAGCUAUUCAGAAAGAAAGGGAUACCCAUCGCCAGAGAGCAGAUAAAGCUGAAAAACUUUUACAGGAGUCAGGAGCUCGUGGAGACUCUGAACUUGAACAGUGGAGAAAAGUUGUUCAGCAAGAAACCGACCGAGCCGAUCAAGCAACGAAAACUGCUCAAGAUCUGCAGAAACGUAUACAAGUUAUGGAAAAACAAUUGCAACAACAACUACAGCAAAUGGCACAGUACCAGAAGGAGAAAGGAAUUCAACCAGCUCUCGAUGAGAAGGAAAAUGCGAGGAUAAGAAAAGAUCUAGAGAAAUGUCAGACUGAGCUUAAAAACAGUACAACAGAAAAGGAGCGACUGCAAGCGCAGCUUGAAAUGUUAGUACAGGAACUAGAAAGAAAUCAGCUGGAACUUCAUGAAACGCAAAAGAAGUCGGCUGCUGGUCCAGUUCAGAGACCUGGUGAAGAUAUAUCUGCACAAAAGAGGCAACUUGAUGAAGAAAGGCGACGAUUUGAAGAAACUAAGAAACAAGCUGAUGAACAGAGAAAAGCUGUAGAUAGCAGACAAAGGCAAAUAGAGGAAAAAGAGAGGGCGUUAGCUGAGCUAGAUAAACAUUUACAAAAACAAAAGCAACAAAUGGACCAAUUACAAGCUUCACUACAAAAGGCUGGAGGUAGUGCAGCUGCUGCUGGAGAAUUAAAUAAGAAGUUGGCUGAAGCUGAGAAGAAACUGGAACAAGCGGAGGAGGAAACAAAGCGAUCAGCUGCAGAAAUGGAAAGGCUACUGCAACUAGUUCAGAUGAGCCAAGAGGAGCAGAACACGAAGGAAAGGCAAAUAGUUGAACUACAACAAGCACUGAAAAAUGCACAGGCUAAACUGAAAAGUCAACAGCAACAAGCACAAAAAGAAGAGGAAACAAGAGAUGGUGAUCUCAUUAUUUACAACUUGCGAAAAGAAAAUACUGACGAAUCACUAAAAAAUGAGCUCAAAUGCAAAGAAGAUUACAUAGUUGAGCUCGAACAGACUUUAGACUCUUAUGAAGUAAUUAUAAAUGAAAAUAAAAACGAUAAAAAUGUCCUUGAGGCUACGAUACGAAACAAAAAUGAUAUUAUUUCCGAUUUAGAAAACAAUUUUACAAAUUUGGAAAAUAUGAAACACUUAAAACAGGAUAUUGAUAAGAAAGAAAUGAAAAUACAUGAAUUGAAAGAAAAAGUGAAAAAACUUGAAAGUGAAGAAGUUAAUAUGGAAAAAUUAGAAGAAUUAGUGGAACUUUCAGAAGAAAAAGAUAAUCGAAUUAGUGAAUUAGAAGAUGCUCUUAGGGAAACUAUAAAACUUUCCACGGAAAGAGAAAUUGUUUUGCAUCAGGAAGAAAGCAAGCGAAAACAAAUUAUGGAAAAAGUUACUAAACUGGAACAAAGGUUAUUAUCACUCCAGUCAGCACAAGCUAUGCGUUGUCAUUCUUGCAGACCAUAUGUUAACAGGAUGACAUCGUUAGAAAUGAAGCUGAGUAAACUGAUUGCUGAAAGAAGACAAAACUUACAGGAGCUUACCCAUAUGAAACGAGAAGCACUGGAAGCAGCUAUUAGCGAAAAGGAUGCUCAUCUAGCUUUACUGGAAAUGACUGGAAUAAGAAGUGCUCGUCAGGCUGAAGAAGUUGACCGUCUUCGAACAGAUAAACGACGAUUGGUUGAAAAACUUAAGAAAGAGGUAAAUAUAGUUUCUAUUCAUUUGUUUUACAGUAAAAGGGGAAAAAUAGUACUCCGACUCCUAGUUCAAUAG